CCCGCCGGGCGGCGGCGGCGGCGGCUGUGGGGCCGAACCGGGACGCGGAGCCGAGCUCCGCACCCCGCGGAGCGGCCCAGCCCGGGAGCCAUGCCGCUGCCGUGCCGGGGCUGGACGCUGGCUUUGCUCACGCUUCUCGUCGGCUUCCUCAUCUUCGCCGACAUCUCAGAGAUCGAGGAGGAGAACGGGAGUUCUGGAGGCAGAGGUACAAUCAGAUCAGCUGUGAACAGCUUACAUAGCAAAUCUAAUAGAGCUGAAGUAGUAAUAAAUGACUCUUCAUCUCCAGCUGUUGUUGACAGAAGUAAUGAAAGCAUUAAGCACAACAUUAAACCAGCCUCAUCCAAAUGGAGACACAACCAGACACUCUCUUUGAAGAUCAGGAAACAGAUCUUGAAGUUCCUGGAUGCAGAGAAGGACAUUUCCGUGCUGAAGGGGACACUGAAGCCUGGGGACAUCAUCCACUACGUCUUUGACAGGGACAGCACCAUGAACGUCUCGCAGAACCUGUAUGAGCUGCUGCCCCGCACCUCUCCCCUCAAGGGCAAGCAGUUCCCCUCCUGUGCCAUCGUAGGCAACUCAGGGGUGCUGCUGGGCAGCGGCUGUGGCCCUGAGAUCGACACACACAGCUUUGUCAUCAGGUGCAACCUGGCUCCUGUUCAGGAGUACUCACAGGACGUGGGCACGAAAACGGACCUGGUGACCAUGAACCCAUCAGUCAUCCAGCGAGCCUUCGAGGACCUGGUGAACGAGACGUGGCGGGAGAAGCUGCUGCAGCGCCUACACAGCCUCAACGGCAGCAUCCUCUGGAUCCCUGCCUUCAUGGCCAAGGGGGGCAAGGAGCGCGUGGAGUGGGUUAACGAGCUCAUCCUGAAACACCACAUCAACGUCAGGACUGCCUACCCCUCACUGCGCCUGCUGCACGCCGUCCGGGGGUACUGGCUGACCAACAAGGUGCACAUCAAGCGACCCACCACUGGCCUCCUCAUGUACACCUUGGCCACUCGCUUCUGCAACCGCAUCCAUCUCUACGGAUUUUGGCCAUUCCCCCUGGACCAGAACCAGCAGCCAGUCAAGUACCACUACUAUGACAGCCUGAAGUACGGCUACACCUCGCAGGCCAGCCCGCACACCAUGCCCUUGGAGUUCAAAGCCUUAAAGACUCUGCACCAGCAGGGAGCCUUGAAGCUGACUGUAGGGGAAUGCGAGGGGGACACGUAGGGCGGCCCCGGCUGCGAUCCUGCAGGCUGCACAACCGGGGCAGGACGGGGAGGGGGCAGAAAGGAGCCCAGUGGGGUUGGGUGUCUUUGUUAAUGCGCAGAGCAGCGGCACAAAUAUAUAUACGUGGUACCUAUAUAUAUUGACCUGAGUAUUAUAACUGUUCGGUGUUUCACCAAGGAACGGGUAGGAGACAUGUGUGAGCAUCUGGAGGGCCCAGCAUUGGGUUUGCUGGGCUGGGCCAGGCGUUCGAUCUACGUCCAUGACGUGUGAUGGUGACCUUGGUUUUUGAGGGUAUGUUAGGUGAUGGGUAGACGUUCAGCCGUUUGUUGUGACUGGUCCGAGGUUGGUAGUUAGUUUGUUCGGCCAAGAGCGCCGCUGCCGGCACGUUCUUGGCUCCGUGCUCGGGGAGGGAAGGGGCAGGGAGCGGGGUGGGCAGGGAAGGUUUGUUGGCGGCUCUCACAGCUCAGAAGCACCAAGCAGGAGCCAUCUCCUGCCCUGCAGGACCCGGUGCCCGGCAGAGUGGCACGCAGACUCAUUCCAAGUGGUGUGGGCAUGCGAGUGGCCCUGGGGGGGAUGCAGCCUUCGCUGGAUGAGCUGGGCGAACAGUUAGGAGGAUGCUGAGGGUGAGUUUUGAGGAUGGGUUUUCCUUUCCUAAAGAACAAUGCAGAAAGGAGCAGAGAUGCUGGAAUGUGGCAGGAAGGAGGUUUGAUGCUGCGAACCAACACCAUUAGGAUGAAGUGUCUUACUGUGCUCUAGUAUAAGACACUCAACAUCUGCCAGGGCUCGUGAAAACUAUAAGUAUGACGAGCUCUAAAUUCCCAAAAGCUACCUGCUAAGCAGCCUGCCUUCUCUCCCCAUCCAAAAAUAACUGCUGAUAAAUCGGCGAUGGGCCUGAGACCCAGCCAAGUAGAAAGACUGCAGGACUUCAAGGGACUUUGUCAAGUCUAAAUAAUUUAUUUUCACUUCCCUGCAAGGAGCUAGCACACUGUGCCGUGUUCCUGGAGUCCUGCUCUUGCCUUUCUUUCAAGCUCCAAUUAGUUGUUGCUGCGAACAGUUAAAUAGGAUGUCAGAUGGAUCUCAAUGGGAUGCUUGCACAGUAAUGAACGUCAAAGAAGUAAUUAAUCUUUUCCCGUGCUUUUCUGAGAGUCCCUAAAUAUGAAAAAGUUCUUACAGUUACACAUUGGCUUUUCUGUAAAUUUGGGGUCCUUUUUUUUUUUUUGUGGGAAGCAACUACAUUGGUCUGAUUAGCCCAUUUAAUUUUCUGCUUCUAUAGCCUCCUCAAUUCAUCUCCUAAUUAGCAACGGGUGCCAGAGUGCAGGUGGGCCCAGGGUUCAGUGAGUGCAAUUUGGGUUUAAUUUGUGUGUGAGCAAAUAAUGUUGCACAGCCGAGCCCUGGGUGUGUGUUGCAGUGCUUUCCUGGCAAGUUUUCUGCACCUUUAUGCCUCCUAAUACCACUGUGGUUUUGAAGUUUAAGAAGUGUACCUCCUGGGUCUGGUAUACUUGAUAUUGUUUCUUUAAAAGCAAAGUGCUUCAAGUGGUAAAAGGAAGAGCUCUCUUUCAUGUUUUGGGAUGUAGACAGUAUGAUGCCCAUAGGAACCUCCAGCCUGCUAAUUAGUGUCAGAUGAAGAUGCUGAAGAUUAAGGUGUAAGCAACUUUAUAGUGGAUAAAUGUAGGCUAAUCUGCCACUGGGGAACGUUUCUUUCCAGCUCCAGAAAAUGAUUGAUUUUAUGUAUGCUUUUUAAACCUGUUUAGGUUGUUGGGUUUUUGUUGUUGUUUUUUUUUAACUUUCUUUUUACUGAGUUUAGUGACAGGAUAAACUAAAUCUGGCUGUGAGCCUCUGCUUAAGCUGCUGAGGUUUCCUGAGACAGGAGGAGGCAAAGAGUGACAUUGCAAGGUGGAAGCCAUCUGAAGUGUCAAGGAGCAUCCCGUGAUUCAGGAGUGGUUGUGAAGUCCCUGGUUUGGUACGGAGGAGGCAGGGAUGGAGAUGAAGGCCCAGGACUGCUGAAGUCAGCUGUUGUAUGGAGGGGCCUGGGCCACUGCACUGAUCGCUGUUAGCAAACCUUCUUUUUUGAAUAAAAAUACGAGAAAUGAAACAGA